AUGCCCGUCGCCAUCGAGUCCUCCACCAUUACGCCACACUCAAAGGCUCGGUCUACAGUGUACACGGCGCCAGGUGGUCCCGUCACUGUCUUCAGUGUCUUGGAGAGAUCGUGGCUGUCUGAGGUCAGUGGUGGGUUUCCCCCAUUCGUUUCCAUGGUUGGCUGCCGAAUCGGAACCUAUCCAACGCCGCCCUCAAGCCCGUCGAGCCCGUCGAGCAACGGAUCACUCGCCGAGUCUGUCGAUGCGGAGGACCAUCUUGGAUUCUUGAUUGACGGAAUCGCUGAUCCAGCGGAUCAGGUGUGUCAGACACAGUGUCCUCAAGGGAUGCUUCUCUUUAGCACCGCCGCUAUCUGA